CAACUGUGCAGCCCGGAGAGUCUCCAAAACUUUUCAGUCUGUAAUAAGAAGCCCCCCACCUCACUAAAGCUUUGCACUGCCUACCAGAGUCAGAAACUCUAUUGACUGGAGUGUCUGCCCACGCAAGAUGUGCCUCAGGUCCCUGUUCCUGGUGUCCCUAGCAACCUGUGUGGUUUGUGGAAACCCCUCUUCACCACCUGUGGUGGACACCAUGAAAGGCAAGGUCCUGGGGAAGUAUGUCAGUUUAGAAGGAGUCACACAGUCUGUAGCCGUCUUCCUGGGAGUCCCUUUUGCCAAGCCUCCUCUUGGAUCUCUGAGGUUUGCUCCACCAGAGCCUGCAGAGCCCUGGAGCUUCGUGAAGAACACCACCACCUAUCCACCUAUGUGCUCCCAAGAUGCAACAAAAGGGCAGAGGAUGAAUGAUCUCCUAACCAACAGAAAGGAGAAAGUCCAUCUCAAGUUUUCUGAAGAUUGUCUCUACCUGAAUAUUUACACUCCUGCAGACUUUACAAAGAAUAGCAGGCUGCCAGUGAUGGUGUGGAUCCAUGGAGGUGGACUAACACAGGGCGGGGCAUCAACCUAUGAUGGCCGGAUCCUCUCUGCCUAUGAAAACAUGGUGGUAGUGGCCAUUCAAUAUCGCCUGGGCAUCUGGGGAUUCUUCAGCACAGGGGAUGAACACAGCAGGGGAAACUGGGGUCAUUUGGACCAAGUAGCUGCGCUGCACUGGGUCCAGGACAACAUUGCCAACUUUGGGGGUGACCCAGGCUCUGUGACCAUCUUUGGAGAGUCAGCAGGAGGUUUCAGUGUCUCUGUUCUUGUGUUGUCCCCACUGUCCAAGAACCUCUACCACAGGGCCAUUUCUGAGAGUGGGGUGGUCCUCAUUACUGAAUUGUUUACCAAGGAUGUUAGGCCAGCCGCUAAGCAAAUUGCUGAUAUGGCUGGAUGUGAAACCACCACAUCUGCCAUCAUUGUUCACUGCCUGCGCCAAAAGACAGAAGAGGAGCUCUUAGAGAUCAUGAAGAAACUGAAUCUGAUUAAACUCAGUUCACAAAGGGAUACCAAAGAGAGCUACCACUUUUUGUCAACUGUAAUUGAUGAUGUGGUGCUGCCAAAGGACCCAAAAGAGAUCCUGGCUGAGAAGAACUUCAACACCGUGCCCUACAUUGUGGGAAUCAACAAGCAAGAAUGUGGCUGGCUUCUGCCAACAAUGAUGAGAUUUGUACCACCUGAUGUAAAAUUGGACAAGAAGAUGGCCAUUAUGCUCCUGGAGAAAUUUGCUUCCAUAUAUGGCAUACCAGAGGAUAUUAUUCCAGUUGCCAUUGAGAAGUACAGAAAAGGUAGUGAUGACCCCAUCAAAAUCAGAGAUGGAAUCCUUGCCUUUAUUGGGGAUGUGUUAUUUUGUAUCCCAUCAGUGAUGGUGUCCCGUGACCACAGAGAUGCUGGAGCUCCCACCUACAUGUAUGAGUAUCAAUACUACCCGAGCUUCUCAUCACCCCAAAGACCCAAGGAUGUAUUAGGAGACCAUGCAGAUGAUCUCUACUCUGUCUUUGGUGCCCCAAUGUUAAGAGAUGGUGCCUCUGAAGAGGAGAUCAAGCUCAGCAAGAUGGUGAUGAAAUUUUGGGCCAACUUUGCUCGGAAUGGGAACCCUAAUGGCAGAGGGCUACCUCAUUGGCCACAGUAUGACCAGAAAGAAGAAUAUCUGCAGAUUGGUGCCACCAUCCAGCAAUCACAGGGACUGAAAGCAGAGGAAGUGGCUUUUUGGACACAGUUACUGGCUAAGAGACAACCUCAGCCACACCACAACGAACUGUGAAUGCAGGUCUCUGUCAGCUUCAGAACAAGCAAGCCAAGAUAUAGUUCUUCCACUAAAGAUGUAUGUAAAUGGAAGAUGGAUCUGGAGGAUCCUGAAGAAUUUUGUCAUAGAGACAGGGAGAACCCAGGAAAGAGAAAUAUUUGUACUUAUGGCAUCAAUUUAGAGAAUAAAUGACAUUGUU